UGAGAAAUUCAAAAAAGGAAGCGAGGCGCGCCCACUCCAGUCUCCAGGAGAAGCGGACUACUCCUCCUCCUGGGCCCAGGCGGCGCCAGCAGCCAGAGAGAGGCGGCCGUUGCUACUGCGACUAUUCGAGGCCUAGUCGUCGCGCUGGGUGGCGCCAAAAUGGCGGCGCCUGAGGUAAAAUCUCUCCCCGUCGUCGAGGGCAACGAAGACCCGUUCCAGCGCCUUCUAGGCGAAGAGGAGGAGGAGGAGGAGGAGGAGGCCCAUGUGCAAUGAGAGUACGAAGAUGGCUUCCACCGCAGACCAGGCGGCGGCUGACGCGGGGACCUCCUCGGGCGAAGGCAGCAGCAGUAGCUGCCGAUCAGGGCAAGAAGCGCUGGUCAAACCGAAACCAUUGUUGUUGAAGCUUUUAAAGUGUGCUGGUGCACAGAAGGAUACUUUUACUAUGAAGGAGAUCCUGUUCUAUAUUGGUCAAUAUAUUAUGUCUAAACAUCUGUACGAUGAAAAAGAGCAGUAUAUUGUCCACUGUGCAAAUGAUCUUUUGGGUGAUCUCUUUGGAGUACAAAGUUUUUCUGUAAAAGAACACAGGCAACUAUAUUUGAUGAUUUCCAAAAACCUGAUAACAGUCAGUCGGCAAGACUCUAAUAAUGUUAACCCAUCGGUCCAGAAUCAGUCCAGGUGCCAACUAGAAAAUGGAAAUACUCUAAAGCAGGAGUUGGUGCAAGAAACAAGUGACACAACUACUAGGAGGAGGGCACACAGUGAAACAGAAGAACAUGGUUCAGAAGAUAUUAAUGAUGAAAGACAGAGAAAACGACAUAAGUCAGACAGCAUUUCUCUUUCAUUUGAUGAAAGCCUUUCAUGGUGUGUUGUAAGUGGAUUACGUGGUGAUCAGAAUAACAGCAGCAGCUCUGCAGGAUCGCCAUCAAGUCCAGAUCACAGUGCCAGUUUAAGUGACUGGCUGGAUGAUGAUUCAGCUUCAGAUCAGUUCAGUGUUGAAUUUGAAGUUGAAUCUGUCUAUUCAGACGACUAUAGCCCUAAUGAGGAAGGACUUGAACUUACAGACGAGGAUGAUGAGAUAUAUCAAGUAACAAUAUAUCAGACUGAAGACAGUGAUAUGGAUUCAUUUGAUGAUGAUCCUGAAAUUUCAGUGGCUGAUUAUUGGAAAUGCUCAAACUGCAAUGAAAUGAACCCACCCUUGCCACGCCAUUGUCUCAGAUGCUGGGCUCUUCGAGAGGAUUGGCUCCCUGAUAACACUGAGAAGUCUAAAAUGAGCAAACAUGAAAACUCCACAUCACUAGACCCUGAAAAGACAACAGAAUUAGAUCAAGAGGAUGGUUUUGAUGUUCCUGAUUGUAAGAAAGGGAAAAUAAAUGAGAAGGAAACAGAGGAUGCAGAACAAAACUUAGAAUCUCAGGAAAGUGAGGCAUAUUCUCAGCCAUCUACAUCUAGCAGUAUGCUGUGCAGCAGUCAAGAAGACGCUAAACAUUUUGAGAAGGAAGAUACUGAGGAUAAAGGCAAAAGCCCAGAAUCCAUUCUAUCUAGGUCCGAUGUAGACCCAUGCAUCAUAUGCCAAACUCACCCAAAAAAUGGUUGCAUAAUACAUGGAAGGACAGGACAUAUUGUGUCAUGUUUCACAUGUGCCAAAAAAUUGAAGAAGCGGAACAAGCCCUGCCCAGUCUGUCGGCAGCCAAUAGAAAUGGUUGUGCUAACAUAUUUUUCCUAGCCAGGCAGAACUGUUUUAAGAAUAUAGACUGAUGCAAAAUAUUUUGAAAGAGUACAAAAGUAUGUUAUUUUUCAAGAAUCUUAAUGCAACAUUGCACUGGAAUUGGUUGAUCAAUCAUAAAUGUUUUCAGAGUAUUUGUUGUUUGGAUUUUUGCAAGCAGUGUGAACAUCUAGGCCUAGAUCCUGCACCAGGAGAUGAAGCAUAAAGUUCCACCCAGGUGGAACAACAGCCUUCACACCAUCACCUCCCACCUGAGGUAGUUCCACCAACAUGACCAUGUAGAGGCUAAACGAGAACAGGUUGGGGGUGCCAGGAGAGCAUUUGCCUGUGUCUAUUGUUAUAUGUACAAUGCCAGAGGAAUCUGGAUCCUCCAGCUGUCCUGGAGGAUGGCAUCCUUCACCUACAGCUCUGUACUGGCCACCACAUGGCCAUUAUGGGUUGGGGAGGCAUAGGAGGAAGGUGAGCUGUGAAGGAGUGGGACACAUUGUGUAAGGGAGGCAGGAAAUUCCUCCCACAAUGACAAAAAAACUCCAUUAGCAUUGUGCUGAUGUUUGCUAACAGGAUGCUGACCCUAGUUAUGUUUUUAUAUAAAAACAUUGUAAUAUUUUAAACUUGGUACUUGUGGUACUAGUUUUGUUGUUGUUCUAAUAAUUCUUGUUCAUUAAUUCAAUAGAGUAAAAUUACCAUUCAAGUCUUCUAUUAGGAAAAAAAUGGGUUUGCAGCAUAAAAAAUCCCUUCAGUUCUUCAUUUAUUUUAAAACUAAAUUUAUUUACCUAAAACUACCCUGAUCUCAGACCUGCUUCCAGUUAUUCUUUUGGGCAAUGCCUAUAGUAAUAUCAGUGCUCUUUUAAAAGUGAUUAAAGGGUCAGAAAUAAUACCGUGUGGUUGUAAGCAUUUGUCCCUCUCUGGAAUUCUUUUUCUUUUUAUUUUCAGCUGUUACUAGAUUACACAGGACAGGGGGUUACAUAGCUUUGGGAGCUCAUGUGGAACCCCUUGGUUGGCAUCUUACCAGUGUUGCCACAUAUCCUCACCAUGGUGAAGGUGGAAAACAGUUACUUAAGGGCUCUUCCCAUUCUUUUCACAAAAUCAGUUUCAAAUAUGUACUCACGGUUCAAGAAGCAUACAUCCCUUUGUCACUCAAAAUGUAGGGGACACUGAUUAAUGUGAUCUCUAAUGAGGUAAGAAUUGCUUGCUCUGGGUACUGAGAGAACAAGGGCAGCAAGCAAAGUCCCUUGAUUUAAGAUGCUUUAGAUCAUAGUCACCAUAUCUGAAGUUCUGUGGUGAAAUUAGGUCUGUUGAGUUGAAAUAAAUUUCUUGAUUCAUACUUGGUUUUCACAGAAUAGAUAAAAAGUUUCCUGUUUUGCUAUUUUUUAAAAUGUAUGCUGUUACUGUAAGUAGGAUCUAGCAUUCCAUUCUUGUCAGAAUAAAAAGGGACAACACAAUGUGCUGCAUUUUUAAAAUUAUUUAACAUGACCAGAAUGAGAAAAAAUAUGCACACGGACAUGCAACGCACGUGCACAUUUGAGUUAUAAAUGUUUGGCCAAGUACGUGACCAAAUCCCUCAAUAAAUGUCUAUAUUAGUGAUACACAUUUAUAUUAGCGGUUCACAUUCUUUGGCUCUACCUCCCAGUUUUAAUCAGGACAUCAAAACAAGUGGCUAGUAACAAGGAUUCAACACUGUCUGCUAAAGGCAUUUCUACAACGAGUGGAGUAGCAUUAAAUUAUUCAUAGUCCACUACCCCAGAUUAUGUAAGGAAGGGCAAUGUGUUAAUCUCUGCUUCUUCAUCAACUCCUGGUGUAGUUUUUCUGGAGGUUGUAAAUAUUCCUUACAAUCUUUCUGUAACUCAUGUUUGAUUUCAGAAAAUAGGGCAGGGCCAGGAACAGCCUCCACUUAUGUAUGUAUGUGUGUGUCAGGUUCAGAAAAGAAUCCGAAAAGUGUCUAGCUCAACCUCAUAGCACUUCAGUACUGGUUUUAGCAUGCCAUCCUCUACCUUUCCUGAAGGCAGUGAAGGAUAUUUUAACCUCAUCACAUUACAAGACUUAUGCAGUUGAUGGGAUAUCAAAAAGAAAAAUGGUUAGUCAAGACUCAGCUGGUACAUAUAAUUUUUUUGGAAAGUUUCAUUUGCUCUGGCACUUUCAGGAGUGCUUCAUUAGGGCAUGCUAAUGGUCAUUCCGGUGCCACCUUCUGGCACUGGAACAAGGGAUGCUGGGGAAAGGUGAAGGCAAAGGGAUAUAAGGCUCUGCCACCCACCAGACUUCAGUCAUGCCAGCUGGUUCAUAAAACUAAUCAUACAAAGUGCCUGUUUCUUGUGUGCCUUCAAGUUGUUUCUGACUUAGGUUGGGGUAAGGUUAUUCAGGGGAGUGCCAUUGCCAUCCUCUGAGGCUGAAAGAGUGUGACUUGCCCAAGAUCACCUAGUGGGUUUCCAUGGGCGAGCCAGGAUUUGAAUUCUGGUAUCCAAAGUCGUAGUCCAAUGUUCAAACCACUAUACCACACUAACUCUCAUGCUUGUUUCUUAAUGCAAUACAAAUCAGAUGCCCUCAAAUAUCCUGAGUUCCUGGAAGCCCUGAAAGAUGUCAGUCUGCAUCUUGCUGUGGGACAUGGCAUCUCUGUCCAUAUUAGAUGUUUCAAUCUUUAUACAGCCUUAGGGGAUUCAUUGUCACUCUGCCUGAUUCAAUCCAGGGUUGAUGUGAAGCUAUCACUGACACCUUGUGCAUAUUUUCUGAAGCGAACCAGGAGCCUCCACUUCCCCUGAGGGUAACAAACUACUGUACUUUAGGGAAUACAGGACAGGCUGUGUGGAAGACACACUUGGCUUUACACGGAGGAUAACAGCCAGCUCCAUGCACUAAGCAUCUACCGCCUGCAGCCACUGCCUUGCUGCUUAACACUAGGGUCUGUCUUGUGUGGACUGCAGAGGGUGUGAGCUGAUAAAAUUUUAUAUGGCUUUCUAUUAACUGCUUGAUGAUGACUAAUAUGGUUGAUGAAUAUGCUGAUCAAAAUAAUCAGACUAGAAUCUGAUGAAUCAUUUCAACAGAGUGGUAUGGCAGGUACAAUAUAAUUAGAAAAAGUUUUGUAUUUACAAGAGCAAUCCUUUGGUGUAAUAGAAGGCUGGAAUUCUUCCUUGCCUGGGAAUAAACACUACCAACAAUAUAUGUGCAUGCAUUUGUACUUGUAGCCCAGUGGAUUAGACCUGGCUUUGUGCACUGCCUGUUAAAUGAAUUUCUGGAAGUAAAGGGGGAGAUGCCAUUAAAAUUAAUUUUCCCCUUGUUGCUAUAUGUUGAUGAUGGUACUGAAUUCUUUGAGCAAGAAAAUAAACUACAGGCUACAUUUCUAAAACA